UUACUGUUGAGUCAACCAGGCAAAUGCAGAUUUAUUUAUUUACUUAUGAGUUGGUUGUUAAAAAAAUUAUGCUUGGUACAUUAUUAUUUACGUACUUAUUGAGUAUUUCAAGCGAUAAUAUUCUUGUCGUUGAAGCCGGAAUCGAGUGUCCUAAAGGAUGUCCAGAUGAUUACAAUCCAAUUUGUGCGCAUGGAAUUUCGUAUAAAAAUAAAUGUGUGCUGUUACAGCAGAUUUGUAAUAAAAAAUUGAAUGAACAAGUACUUUCUGAAACCGAAGUAUGUCCGUCAUACGACAUUAGAGCAGAAGCUAAAGACAAAUCCGUAGAAGCGAUUGACAAAAAUGGCGCUGGCAAGCAGCGUAGGCCUUUUUUUUGGCUAAAUCUGUCGCCUUUUUCGCCGCGUCCUUCAUUUUUUCAGCCUUGUCGUGGAACGAGUGCUGUAAGUCUUCAGCCGCGUGGCUCAAUUUCUAAGCUGCGCGAAGUUCGGGUUGAUCAGCGUGGCAGUGGCCGGAAACAUGUGCGCCAGAACUCCACUCACCAUAACUUUAGUGUAUCCAAGAUUGCGAGUGUAAGAAGUAAGUGUUUUUUCCUUGGGAUCAACGACAGUCUCUUCGAUUAUUUUGACAACAUUUUUACUGAUGAAUUUUUCACCCCAUUUUGGAACGCGGUUUGUCUUUGUCAGCAGUCGUUU